AUGGUGCUGCUUCUCUUCGUGUGCACGAGCAACACGUGCCGGUCGCCGAUGGCGGAGGCGCUCGCCAAGCGCUGGCUUCGGAAGCACCCGGCGCCGGGCCUGCGCGUCGGCUCGGUCGCCUUGUCGGACGAGUUUGAGCCGCCCAACAGCCCCGCGUCGGCCUAUGGCGUCGCCGCCAUGCAGCGCCGAGGCGUCGACCUCCAUCUUCACCGGUCGCGCCUCGUCAACCGCGAGCUCAUAGAGUCCGCAGAUGUCGUAUAUUGCGUCACGGCGCGCCAUGAGCGCAUGCUCCGCGCGCUCUUCCCGACGCUGCGGGCAACUGUGCGUGUCUUUCCAAGUGACAUUGCCGACCCGUGGCACCAAGACGCGUCCGUGUACGAAGCCUGCGCUGCGCAGAUUGAAGCCGCCAUUGACGACCUCAUGCCGCACAUCGUCCGGGACUUUGUCUCGUGAUGGCAGCGGAGAUCGCAUCGUCUUGGUCUGCCAUUGCCAGUCGGUUGCCCUUUCCGGAUUUCUUAGGUCUGGGAGGGUUAAGAUCUCGCUCCAACUUCGUUGUCUUUAGC